AUGCACCGCGAUGGCUCCGUCACCAAGACCCGACGCGGCCUACGAGUCACCAGGGAAAAGCAUCAGGGGAUAUCGUUUGUCAACGCAACUACUGUCGCAAAAGUCACAGAAAACGCACAUUUUCCCACUACAAAGCUCAAGUUUGUUCCGGAGAAGCGGCAGAAUCCCCGACAGGCGCCAAGGCUGGUGACUGAUGAUGACCUGGAGCGUGUGCAAGGGGGUGAGAACCGACGAAUAGCGCCCAGAGCGGAUUCAGAUAAUCAAGGCAGAGAUGCAGCCAAAGACACUUAUUCGGCGAUCCCAUAUCAGUCUGUCGCUAGCAGAGUUCCCAGGGAAUCGCUAUCUUUUCCAUUGAUCAAAGCAUGGCGCCAACUCAACGAGGCUGGUACUUGUUAUGUCCCAUCACCUUCUGGCAUUACCCUACCAGAUUGGGCCUUGCAUGGGCUUCCUGCAGAAAUCCCCGACGAGGGAAGAAAAUGCUUCCACGCGUAUCUCUUUUCGUGUCCCUUAAGGCAUUACCCAUUUGAACAGCUGCAGGUCGUUUCAUGGCAACCGCUGUCUAUGGAUCAAAGCCGCUUUGAGCGACUGAUGUUAGAGCCGUUGAUGCUUAACUGUACUAUGACAAUGGGGGCCCUGUUCCUCCUGCUGAAGUCUGGGACAAGGGAGUUAGCAGGGUUUUCGAUGCAUUCGGCCAAAUUAUGCGCUUUGGUCAACAAACUGCUGGGAGACAAGGAACAGACCAUCAGCAAGAUGGUGGUCAUAAUUCAGUCAAUUGCGAGCUUGGCUAUUCUAGCAACAUUUCUCGGGCUGUACGACCAUUGGUUGGCCCAUCUAAACGGCCUCAAGCUGUUGGUCCAGGCAGCGGGUGGCUUACAGGUCCUCCCACUACCUGUUCAAAUACUCGUAAAAAAAGCGGAUUUAAAGGGGGCAUCCGAGAUAGUAACGACACCCUUUUUUACCCAAGCACGCUUACAGAGACCAAUCUCAGAAAGUCUCCCUCGAGACCGUCGGAUGGCCAUCGAAGCCGAUGUUCAACUGGCAAUUCGCCCAUACGAUGGUGCAUGCGAUAAUUUGUGCGAUACAAUCGCCUCUUUGGCUACCCUUGUUGCCACAAUCGACUUUGCAGCAUCACAGCGAGGGUCGCUGAUAUUUGACCCACUUGCGCUUACGGAAGAAUAUCAUGGCAUCGAAUAUCGCCUGUUGAUGACUUCAGUCCCAAUACAGACUCGCUUAGAGGCGCUAGAUAGGUGUUUGAGCGGGGGUAAUGCACUCCAACACCAUGACAGCCUCUCGUUUGGGUCGCCUAGCGAUAUGCAACAUGGAGCCAAAAGGUCUGUUGACAUAAUCCUUCGUCUUGCAGCUCUCUUCUUCCUCAAGAUGGUCAAAGGGGGUCCACCUGACACUCUAUACGGGCUGGUCCACAUGAUGCAGAUCUUGAACGAGCAUAUGCGCCGUAUCACCCAUCUACCUUUAUCCAUGGCAACUAAUUCCCCACACGGCCUUUCCAGGAGCGCUCUCAUAUGGAUUGCUCUUAUGGCAGAUAAGAUAUUGAGGAGGAGUGAUUCUGAGGGAUGGAACUGGGGUUCAAGGAGAGUCGAUCGGCAUAUCCCUCGAGACCUUUUGGUAUGGGCCUUGAGCGGAGGAGGCGUCCGCCAGGAUGAUUUCCGACUGUGCCGCAUUUUGGACUUGGGAAGAUUCGAGGUUGGCGUAUGGGACCCUCGGGCACAUAUUGAGCAGAUCCUGGCAUCUUAA